AUACAAGGAAACUUAAUGAUGACGUCUGCCGAUACUAAGCUUGAAAACCUUCAGUAAAAUCUCCAACAGUACAGAGAUAUUGUUUAUUAGUCAACAUUAUGAUAUUUACUAAUUGUUUUUAUUUUCAAGCCGUUAAUUUUGUCUGAGUAUUUGUCUUUCUUUUUCUUAGUAGAGCUGAGCACACGCAUAAAUAAACAUGUUUAGUUCUGAUGUAACAUGAGGCAGUGGAUUGUUCCUGUACAAAAUCUAUUAAGCUGUGACAAGUGAUUCUAUAAAACACAUCAGAAAAAUUUAACGGUUUCUUGUCAAUCAGUCAGUCGUCCCCUGCGAGUGUGGCCAUCUUGUUUCCUACAAAGUCUUUGUUUCUAUUUCUGUUCUAGGAGCUGUAAUAGGUCUUUCCACCAAAAUCGUCUAUAGAAACUGUAAAUAUUUCUAUAAAAGUUGUAUCGGAACAAAAAUAAAAUGCACAUUAUAAGAGUCCUGUUAGAACACGGUGUAGCCGCACCAUGUUUACAUGGCCGAAUAAACACUGUGGCCGGCCACCCGCUUAUCGCGUCUCCUUUAUGUCCUAGCGCCACGCAGUUCCUUCCUCUUUGCUGUUCCAGGGACAAUGACAAACUACAACACGCGCUGUCACACAAUAUUUAGAAUUGGUUUAUUUACAUUAUUUACACGUGCAGACCAAUUUCAUCCUAUUCUACACAUACUUAACUCCUACGCCACUAGUGCCUAACAUCCACCUCUUUAAUGCUUAAGUUGCUAAGUUACUGAUUACUAACAGAAGACAAGGGAUUUAGAGAUUCGUACCUGAGCGACUAGACAGCAGACCUGAACACCUGCACGGUGCUGUGCUACUUCUCCCGCACUCGGAGCGACUCAACGGUUAGCAGAAUGGUUUGAAUUCUGUUAUUCUCAUACAGGGCAGUGAUUUUAGUAAUUGCGGUUUUGUCAAUUUUAACAUUUAACUGUAUUUUUCUAUAUUUAUUUGUCUGCUUAUUAAAGCAAUAACAGCAGAAAUGUCGAUAAAAUAAUAAUUUUGAAACGGUUGAUGGCGCAAUGUGAAUGUCAUUAUGACAGUGAGAAUCGGGUGUCGUGGGUUCGUAUUUCGGCUUCGACAUAUCUCUUUCUGUAUGUGACACCUGUUUGCAAGACUGAUUUGCGAUGGGUACUCCGGUUUCCUUCACCCUUAUGUGUUUGCUCCGCGUUGUUUUGUGUGUGUAAAUGUACUUUGAACCCGAUUUCGAAGAAGUAAAACCACUGCUAUUGUUACUGUUAACAGAUGAUGAUGAGGAGGGGGAGGGGGAGGAGGAAGAAGAGGAGGAGGAGGAGCAAGAAUAGAAGGUGAGCAUCACGGCAGUUUGACGUGUUAGAUAUCAGAGGUACGUCAGCAAGAUAAGAAGUAAAGUGCUGUUGCUUCAUGGAGAAGGAGCAAAACGAUAGCAGAGGGAAAUCAUUAAGUGAACAUACAAUUUUCCUACAUCUUCGCUUACUGUGGCGCUGAUAUAUACCGGAGAAAGAGAACUGCAGGAGAUACUGUGUCCAACCCACCGUAGAACCUGGUCAUACAGUUAGCUAGCAUGAAGCUACAUAGGCGCGUGCUGACGUUCUGGUUCGUGUUCGUCACCCUGGAUGGAUUAACAGCACUGUUUCAAAAAAGUGUUUCCUGCAAUAACAAUAAAACGUUAAGCGUCAUCGGUCUGUUUGGAAAAACGGUGCAAUAUGAUAUUGGGGACAUCAGUGAACACGGUGCACAGCUGGCAGUGAACGACAUCAACAGUAGAAGUGACAUUCUGCCGGGCUACAAGAUCGCCCUGCUGGCCGCCACCACUCAGGGCGACGUCUCCAUAGGCAUCGAGCAACUGCUGAAAAUGCUGUUUGAAUGCCCCACCAAAGUGAUGGUGCUCGGAGCCUCCACAUCGUACGUCACCAGCUUCACGGCUGCAAUAUCCCGCAGGUGGAAUCUGGUACAGAUUUCCUUCUCUGCCGCGGAUCCAGCGUUGUCAGACAAGAGCAAGUUCCCCUGGUUCUUCAGAACCUCUCUGUCCACCGAAGUCUAUUCUCAAGCUUUCAUCAAGCUGAUGCAAAACUUCCAGUGGGUCGAAUUCUCUGUGAUACACCAAUCCUACGCGUUGCUCACCUCGACAGAGGAGAGGAUGAAUAUGUUUUUGAACGCCACUAAUAUCACCCUAGUCAACGUCGAAACAUUUCACACGAACGUAGGGAAGACAAUUAAAAACCUUAAGUCGAAGGAUGCGCGGAUUAUCUACGUCGCUUCUUUCGAGAACAAGGCCAGGCAAGCAGUAUGCGCGGCCUACAGAAGGAACUUCUACGGACCCCAGAGAGUGUGGAUAUUUCCAGCCUCCUACGGCAGCAAGUGGUACGAGAUUAACGACACAAAGUGCACUGCAUCUCAAAUGCUGCAAGUCAUCGACGGCUACUUCACCAUCGCCCCAUCGCAUUACCACGGAAAUGACACAGUCAGCAAGAUGUCUAUCUCUGACGUGUAUUGUCGCUACAAGACCUUGCGCAACCAGUCCUGUGACCCUCACUACAAGGACAACUCUGUUGAUGACCUGCAGGGCUUGCACUACAUGCCCCUGGCUUAUGAUGCCAUGUGGGCCGUGGCCCUUGCCCUCCACAAAACUCUCACUGACCUCAAGGCUUCUGGUUCUGGUGGACUGGAAAACUUCACAUACAACAACACGAAGCUAGCUGAGAAAAUCUACGAAAAUAUGCAAAAUGUUUCUUUUAAAGGAAUAUCUGGAGACAUCGCGUUCUCACCAAAAGGGGAAAGAGUGGCCACCGUAUCAGUCUUUCAGUUCCAGCAAAAUUCAGGAGGUCAGUUUGUAGCAAUCGGGAGGCAAAAGCGAUCAGACAUGGAGAUUGAAUGGAACAAUACGAGGGUCUACUGGCCAAAAGGUAAGCCAGUCUCUGUCCGUCCUACCAAGAAACGAUUAAUACCGUUGCCCAAAGAAAAGUACAUCGUCAUGUGUUCUCUGGCUGCACUGGGAAUGCUGACGUCAGCAAUCUUCUUGACCUUUAACAUCGCCUACCGCAACGUCAGGAUGAUCAAGAUGUCGUCCCCCAUGAUCAACAACCUCAUUGUGAUUGGCUGCCUCUUUUCCUACUCCAGCAUUUUCAUCGAAGAUGUCUUUCUCUCUGGCCUCAGCGUGUACUGUUAUGCCAAGCUGUACGUGACUAUCCUGGGCUUCUAUACGGCGUUCGGAGCUCUGUUUUCCAAGACCUGGCGGGUGUACAAGAUCAUGUCAGAUCUGUCCUUUAACGGUCAGGACCUCCAAGAUCGCCACUUGUUUCUGAGAGUUGCAGUCCUUGUGAUCUUUAACCUUUUGCUGCUUGUUGUGUGGACCAGCGUUGAUCCUUUCAUAGUGGAAAGGCAAACCGAGGGCCAGCCGGAACUAAACAAGGAAGAAGAUUAUAUAGAAAUAUCCGAGAGUCUUCGCUGCAGGUUGAAAUACUCCCAGUCUCUGGACCUCGUGCUGCUGUCCACUCAGGGGCUUCUCAUCUUCUUUGGCGCCUUCCUGGCGUGGCAGACUCGCAAGGUGAGCAUCCCCGAGCUGAACGACUCUCGCUGGGUCGGCAUGUGUAUCUACAACGUGGUGCUGCUCGGCUCUCUGCGCGCCAUCCUGGUGAUGGGCACACACCAGACCCCCGAAAUGACCUACCUCACGGACUCUGUCAUCGCCUUCAUUGGUGCCAGUGUCACACAGUACUUUAUCUUUGUUCCCAAGAUGAUGGCGUUCAGACGCCAGCGACAAGCAGGUCCCGACGUCCUCCUGAGUAGACUGGUGAUGAAGAACAUGUGCCUGGCGCCCUCUGGCUCUACGCGGUCGCCCACGUCGCAGCACGUCACCGUGGUCACCAGCUUGAAGUCCUCUCCCGUGAACACGAUGUCCGAGGUUGAAGAUUGUCGAAUCUGUAGGUCGAGGAAGUCCGACAGCAAUUGUUAGUGGACGCUCGUCGACAUCCUUCAUUGACACUCCAGGUCUCCAGGAAGGUCCAAACAUGAACAUCGUGCUUUCUCGCCCCAGACUGGUCUGCAUGAUGCACUGUACCAAGUCUUCACAAAGAAAGGAAGAAGACCAGGAUGUCUUUGAAGAAACAUAACUUCAUGUGGAUACUGAGACAUUGGUUUAUCAAACGUACAGACAUGACUGGCAGUACAAUAAGCUUCUGAGUGUUCUUGAACUUAAGGGGACAUUAAGAAAAUGAAAGUAGAAAAAGAAAGAAUGUGGAAAGAGUCAAAAAUGUUAACAAUAUAAUACAUAUUUGCAAUGUCAACUAUACAUGACACAUAUCUACAAUGUCUACUGUACAUGACACAUACAAUGUCAACUGUACGUGACACAUACAAUGUCAACUGUACGUGACACAUACAAUGUCAACUGUACGUGACACAUACAAUGUCAACUGUACGUGACACAUACAAUGUCAACUGUACAUGACACAUACAAUGUCAACUGUACACGACACAUACAGUGUCAACUGUACAUGACACAUACAAUGUCAACUGUACAUGACACAUACAAUGUCAACUGUGCAUGACACAUACAAUGUCAACUGUGCAUGACACAUACAAUGUCAACUGUACAUGACACAUACAAUGUCAACUGUGCAUGACACAUAUCUACAAUGUCAACUGUGCAUGACACAUACAAUGUCAACUGUACAUGACACAUACAAUGUCAACUGUACAUGACACAAUGUCUACUGUACAUGACACAUACAAUGUCAACUGUACAUGACACAUUGUAUCACACAGACGUUUACACGUUUAUGUGUUUCAGUUUGUGAUUUGAAAGUUUGUAAAAGCUCGUUCGAGCAGCUUGCACGACAAUAUGUAUCUGAGUAUAACCAUGAACACUUUUUAAUGAUACUGUUAUUAAUUGCUAUCUUAUUUUUUGCAGAUAUUAGUUUUAGUUAUGAUAUGUGUUAUAAUUACCUUUCCCAUUACCCGGAAGCUCUCAAAUCUAGAGAUCUCAUGCACAUACUGUCAGUCCGUUUCUCUCAUUUGAGAAAUAAAAAUUAACCCUGAGUCGUUUUCUCCACUAAUUAACCCUAGGAGUUUGGUAUCGAGAUUAAUCCGCCGGCUACCCUCAGCCUACAGCAACGGCCGCUUUCUUUCAAAAGAUAGAAGUGUUCUGAGCUUUGUAGACUGUACACAGUUUUUCGUGUUUUGUUUUGUUUUUUUUUUUCUUUUAUUGACGUUUCAUAUUCUUUUCAUGUUCGUUUCAAUUCGUUACAUCAUUACACUGAUAACCCAAAUGAUGCAUUAUUCAACGCUUGAAAGCAAGUGACUAGUAUACACAUACACACCAACCUCCUCCCGAUGGAGAAGUUCAUUGCAUUUACAGUCUACACACAUGGUAAACACACUUAAGGGGCAUUAGGAGAGGGCAACAUUGUAGUAGAUGUUGACAACUGAUUUAUACAUUCACUGAAUAUGGUGAGUGGAGCACAAAAAAUAUGUCAUUGACUACUGACAAGCAUUAUUAAUAACAUAGGUUACUUAUAGGUCUGCUAAAUUACAAAGCAAGG